UUGGUGGAGUCCCUGACGUGGCAAACGGGAUUUAUAGAGGACCAGAAAGCAGAGUUGUUCAGUGGCGAGCCGGUGCUCGGUGACACUGUGUAACAUGUUGCCUUCGCCUCUGCUGCUGAUCCUGGGUCUGGUCCAGGCAGUGUCCUGCUACAAACUCAACUUGGAGAAGCCACCAGCACUGGCCCGAGGCAGAGUGGAGACCUGCGGGGGAUGACAAUUAUCUGUCCUAACAGAGGUAAAGGCUUUCGUUGAGGAGGACUUACCUCUUUAUCACAACCUGGCAUUGACCUACUUCCCAGGAGUGGAUCCUGAGCUCGUCCUUAUGAACUACGCGUACCAGGAACUAGCACGUGUGGACCUUAUGCCAAUGACCAGGAAAGAGAUCAAUGAAUUACUGUUGAAACUCGGAUUUUACAAAAAGGAAAGUCCAGAUGCCGAAGUGCCAGUUGAUUUCUACUAUGCCCCAAUGAUGGGCAAACCCAUAAGGCAAUUUGACACGCACGCAGGGAAUCCUGCUAAUGCUGAGUCCGAGGAUCUCGCAGUAUCAAAUGAGUUGAAGCAAGAUUUAUAGAUAAAUGAUUGAAGUGUACCUUGACUGUCCAUAAAUCAAUGGAAAGAUGAAAACCCACUAGCGGUCUGAAAACGUGAUCAGUCUUGCUUUCAUUUGAAACCUGGACAUCCCAGUAAUCACACUGCUGCUCAUUUAACCAUCAACCUAUUUAUUACUAACAUCAUCAUUUCUUUUGGUUUAACUUUCUGCUAACUGUGGGGGCAAACACCAUUGACGGAAAAGUGCAAAAAUUCACAGGAACUAUCAGCAGGUGGAGGUCGAGAGUACUGGAAAUAACGGGAAUCUUCCUGUCCAAUUGGUCUACUGUGUGUUCUACAUCUUUUGCUUAUUGGGUCUCUUUUAGUCUGAAUUUUGCAAAUUGUCCACUCCAGCCUUUUGAAUGAAGUUUGUUGGAAAGUGAAUGGUGUUGAUGGUAAACAGAAUGGUUCAGCUAGAGCAGAUCAGAUUUAUGAACUGAGGUCAACUGACAUCAAUGGCUUCAGCACCAGGGACAGCUAAUUCACCUAAAGAGGUCCAGAUGAAGGACUGCAUGCACCACCUGAUUGGGUCUUGGGCCCUGUUAUUGACGGCAUAAAAACAGAAAAGAGUUUUGCUGGCUUGGCAAGUGUGUUUCUCAGUGUCAUACAGGCCAGCAGGGUAUCAGGGUCUGUGCUGAGUUCACUGACACCAGUGAGGGGUAGAGCUUUACAACCGGCCAUAGUGUCUCUCCUUUAGUUUGCCCUCCUUCUGUCGACAACUGUUCUGCGAUUUCUUCAUAUCUCUUCAUCCAGCCAGAACCCAGGAGGGUCAGAUUGUGAUGUCAUGCUUGCUUUCAUAACCAAAAGACCCUCAGUGGCUAUUCUCACGUGAAGAAUGGCCACUUACUCGGUAAGGUGUUGGUAGGAGGGGGAAGAAAAGGGGAAAGGACACGAAGAAAACUUUGCAAGGAAAUCAAAACCUGGAUAUCCAAAUAAGAGUUUGCACAGUAAUGUGAAGACUUACUUUAAUUUUUGUGAGGUUGUUUGAUUAUAUUUUCUCCUUUUCAGUUCAAGCAUGUAACUGGCUGAAUGCUGACUGCUGAUUCUAACAGUCCACUCCGCAGAGGGUGCUGUGAACAUUUUUUAUUCACUAUGAAUUGUAUAUUUGUUUCUCAUGGCCUUCUUCCAUCCAUCCGCAGCCAUUUCCUCUGUGUCGGAAAUGCAUUUAAAACUUAGAGCAUCUCCAGUCCCAGCAAACUUACCGGAGAUGUGUUUACCACAUCUUGUUGGCCAGUGAGAGGUGUGGGGGAGAUAUUGAACAGAGGACAGUGACCUUGCCUGCUACUUCUGUCCACCUUCCCUUCACCUCUUACCCUCAUACCAGAGGCAAAGUUCAAAAGCAGCUUGUGUCUUCAUCCUGACUCUGUCUCCAGGUUUUGAAAUUUCUUUUAGCAAGAGGGAAAUGAUAAAACAAAAACUUGAAUUAAUAAAUUUAGCUCAUAGCCUUUUGUCAAAAGGUAAUAUAUAAGCUGAUGGUGCUACAUACGCUGUCAGUUGACCUCGAGUUCUGCCUUUUCCAACAAUCCGGCCACACAAAUCCAUCAUUUUCGAUUUAGGGAGAAAAUGAGCACAUCGAGCGAAUGUUUAUGCGCUUUUAUAACUGGAUCUAUUUUGGAAUGAAAUGCAACAUUUUCACAUCUAUAGAGUUCACUCUGAAACUGCUCUGAUCAAGAAAAUGACAGCGGACGGGCAUCUCCAGCUGGCUGAAUGCUUCUUGCAUGUGAGCACCUCAAGCCUUAUUCAGGAAUUUAAAUGAAGCACUCAGCUGAAAGGCGACCAGGCUGAGAGCAGAGGCACAACAUUCCUGAAGGCAGAGAGGAGUUCAUGCUGGAAGAACAUGCCAGCCUCAACAACAUUUUGUUAUUUUUGCCUGUUGGAUAGCAAUAAAA